AACCCCUUCUCUUCCAAGCUCCGCAGAAAACGACCGCCAAAAUUCUGUUUCUCGGUUCUUCCCUUGAAUUACUUUGCAAAUUUCCGCACUCAAAAAGAUUGAUUACACCCAGAUUUGUUAGAUUUUGGCUGGAGAAACAGAGGCAUGGAGUGGGUAAUUUAAGAAAGACUCAGGGAAUCUUGUGUCUUAUGGCAUGUCAGUGGAACAAGAAGCACUGCAUUGAAGGAUUUGGUUCGAUUCUCAGUUUUCUCCUUGCUAUAUUGUCUUUCACUUGUAGAGAUCGUUGCCGGAAGUUGGAUCGAUUUCUGUUGGUUCUUCCUUGAAAAAGGCAAUGAGAACUUUCUGGGUUCUGCUCUUAUUUUUCCCCUUCUUUGCUUCAAUUGCUGCCCUGACAGUACAAGGAUUCACUGGAACAUAUGGAAUAAAUUAUGGAAGACUUGCAGAUAACAUCCCUUCACCAGAUGAAGUUGUUACCCUUCUCAGGGGAGCUAAAAUAAGAAAUGUUAGGAUUUAUGAUGCUGAUCACAGUGUCCUAAAGGCAUUUAGUGGCACAGGGCUUGAAAUUGUGGUUGGACUUCCAAAUGAAAAUCUGAAAGAUAUAAGUUCUGAUGCAGAUCAGGCCAUGAGCUGGGUUAAGGACAACGUGCAGGCAUUUCUUCCUCAAACACGUAUUCGUGGAAUUGCAAUAGGGAAUGAAGUCCUGGGAGGAACUGAUACAGAACUCUAUGGAGUUCUUUUGGGUGCAGUGAAGAAUGUUUACAAUGCAGUAAAUAAGCUAAAGUUAAGUCAUAUAGUUCAGAUUACCACUGCACAUUCAUAUGCUGUUUUUGCUGAUUCCUUCCCUCCCUCGUCAUGUGUGUUCAAUCAUAAUAUCGCUCAGUAUAUGAAGCCCCUCUUGGAGUUCUUCUCACAAAUUGGUUCUCCUUUCUGUUUAAAUGCUUACCCAUUUCUGGCUUACAAGGAUACACCAGAUAAAAUUGAUAUCAAUUAUGCUCUCUUCAGUCCAAAUCAGGGCAUUGUUGAUAACAAAACUCAUCUGCAUUAUGAUAACAUGCUUGAUGCUCAGAUUGAUGCUGCCUAUUGGGCACUAGAAGAUGCUGGGUUUGAAAAGAUGGAAGUCAUUGUGACUGAGACUGGCUGGGCUUCAAGUGGAGAUAGCAAUGAAGAUGGAGCAACAGUAAAUAAUGCAAGAACGUAUAAUUAUAAUCUUCGCAAAAGGCUUGCAAAGAAGAAGGGAACUCCUUUCAGACCAAAAAAUGUGUUGAAGGUAUAUGUUUUUGCAAUUUUUAAUGAAGAUAAUAAGCCUGGGGCAACUUCUGAGAGGAAUUUCGGACUGUUUAAGCCUGAUGGGAGUAUUGCAUAUGAUAUUGGGUUUCAUGGGCUUAAAUCUUCAUCAGCAGAUACAUCAGUUUUAUCUUUGAAGGUAUGAGGUCUCUUUCCUCGUGUAAAACAUACAAUCUCAGAUAUGUUAUAUCUACCAGAUUUUUUCUUGUUAGUCUUCUCUGAAAAAACUCUUGCUUAUUGUCCUUGUAAUUUUCUGUCUGUAACCAUGUUGCCAUGAUGAUUUUUAUUUUUGUUUUUACUUUUGGUUCUGAUUGAAGGAAUUUUAUUGGAUAAGGAAAGGGGAUUGCAUCAGGAGGAGGUAUCACUAGUACAAAUUUACCUUUCAUUCUUAGUAUUAGUAAAUAUAGUCUGUGGAUAGGUUAUGAAGAAACUCUUUUACUUUUCAUGUUUGUGAGAAAGCUUGGAGUUGUUGAAUGAACCAUCGUUUUGUUCAUGAUGUACUCACUAAAUGAAUUAAGGGCACUUCCCAUACACCAUCGUAGCACAUCUAUACCUUUUUUUUUCUUUGGUGUGUUGCAUCUCAUAGGAUUGCACUAACAGUCUUCCCUCAUGGUUUAUUUCUUUGGGCUGCUCUAAUGGUCUUCCUGCAUGAUAUAGAACUGUUUUUCCAUUUUUUGUUUAAUGAAAAUAGGGCAAUUAU